GCAAGCCAGCUCUCUCUCAUUGCUGAUGGACUUUAUUGCUCCACCUCGCUGGGUCGUAAUAGUUGGAAAGCACUGCUUGGGUCUCAGGCCCCUCUACAGCGUAACUGCAACGGGGAGGGUUUUAACACCGGUUGUGAUCGCACGUAAGUAAGGCAGGCUAGGGUGAGGAUCGGCAUCCUUGGUAACAACCAAGACGAUUGUGCCACGGUUGAUUCUAGAAUUGGGUUUGGUAUGCAAGGGCUUCCAGAUUAUUCCAUAACCUGUGGAGUUGUGGCAGAACGCCAAUCUGAUAAUGGAGACAAAUUCAUCCACUCAUUUGGAUACAUCUUGGUUCAGUAG